UCAUUGCCGCGUAAUUAUUAUUUUGAGGUUAUGUUAUACAGGGUAUCCAGCGAUAAAGAGCGCGUAUUUUGUCUUAUCGUAGAAUAGCUUUAUUUUUAUACGUAAAAACCAUGUCCCGGCGAAGAAUUAAUAGCGGGAGGCGUCAAUCUCGUUUGAGAAGUUCCAGUAGUUGUCCAGGUGAACUUGAAGAGGAUUCAGACGUGUUUGAAGCAGAUGACCCCUUUUGGUACAAACGAAUGGAAGGAAAUAAUACAGUACUUCGACCUUCUCUUCAACUCAAUAACGCUCAAGAAUCAUCAACAGUUCUGGAUUCUGGAUCUGAUGUAGAUAUGCCUCCACCUCUGGAUGGUUGGUGGAAUCCUUUAGGAAAGUUUAAUCUGACAGUUAAUCGGACUUCUGAAGUUCGAAGAACCAUUCGUUCAAGUGUAAACUCUUUGCCUGCUAUAGAAAACACCACUCUGCAUGAAGAUUCACUGGAUUCCUUACCAGAAAAGGACUCCAAAAAAAGAAAGAAAAGGUUGAUUCUUGGCUUACAAAAGAGGGAAAGCUUAGGAGGCAGUCCUUUUCUGAACAUCUUAAAUGAAUCAGCAACCACAAUUAUUUCGGAUCCUGGUCCAACGAAAAUGAGGAAAUCUGUACCAAAGACUUCAUUCUUAUCUGACGACGACUCGUUUAAACAAACUAAAAAUUUAAGAACGGGAAAAUCGAGACCAUCACUUUUCAAAAAAAUUCAGGCCAGUCAAUUCGAAUUAACCAAUAAUAUUUUUAACAAUCUCCUCGAAAAUGUAAGCUCAAGCAGUGAAUCUUCAAUUUCGUCUGUUAAUAACAUUCAACAGGCCCGCACUUUAAACGAAUCGCAGAACAAUGGAGUUCAAAAUACAAGAGAGAUUGAUCCUAGUCAGGAUGCACGGGCUGUAGUUAGCCAGAAAAGAAGAUCAAAGGAUAUUGAAGAAAGCAAUAAUUCAGACCCAAAUCUCAGCCGGAAUCUUAGUAAGAAGCAGAGAACAAUUAGAAGCAGUUCAAAAGCAGACAAAACCUCAAUUUUUUCCGAUUCGAAAGCAAAAACUUCUUUUGCUGAGGAACAAAUAGAAAAUUCAACUUCCGAAAGUAAAUCUAGCGAUUUGGAGUUGAAAAAGAAGAGGCCUGGUUUAUUUAAACGUACUAGAAAAAGCGCGGAGACGAAUCCUUUCGACAGUAUUUUUACAAGCGAAGGAGAAUCGAUUCAGGAAGUUGUGAAAUUAAACAAAAGUCAGAAUAGAAAUUCCUCGACAAAGUCUCUAGAAGAAGGUCGCGAAGAAAAGCAAAACAGAGUGAAUCUAAGUAGAUUUAAGAGCAGUAGGCUGACUCCUUUCGAAGAAUCAAACAAUCAUGGAAGCAAACAGAAAGAAAGUGAAGAUCUCUCUGAUUCAAUUUCGGAAAUCGACGUAGAAUAUAAGAAAGAUGAAAGUACGAAGUGUAUCGAAAAAGAAAGUCUCCAAUCUUCUUCUAGGAAUAGAAAAUCAGACAAGUCUUUACAAAUGGAAAAUGUCUCACAAAGUGAUUCACAACAAAUAUUUCACAAGAUUCCUGUUGCUUCUAUUAAUCGCUCUAAGCACACUUCGAAAUUAUUGGGUAGUGAAGAAGAAGAGGAUUUAAUCAGCGUAACAGUUCAAGGAAUAUUCGAUCAAAGUGAUCGGAAUAGUAGUUUAAGCAUCAGCAGAAAACAUAAUUCGAGUCUCAAUAAAUCUAGAGGUUCUUCACAGAAUUUUGACGGUAGUAGACGAAGUUCUCGAUUGAACGAAAGUAUUGAACUCCCUGAUCGACUAAGCACUUUUACAGAACAGCCACAAUAUGAAUCAACGAGAAAAAUAGAUGCCCCGGAAUCCAGAAAAAGUCUUGAAUCGAAAAGACUUUCCAGGUUGGAUAGUGCCAGCAAUAAAGAUUUGUUGAAGGAAUUAAUAAGUGAGGAAUCAACAACAGAACAGUCACCAACAGGAAAAUCGAACUUCCUGAAUCCGUCGAGGAACGUUUCUAGUAAAAAUACUUUUGACAACGAAGAGACAUUGAAUGAAGAAGUUUUUGAUCCCAAAAAUAAUAGCAGCGCUAGGACCAAUUCAUCUUAUCGUGCCGAGAACAGAAAAUCUAGGUCACAGUAUGAUUCAGUGAGGAAAAUAGAAGUUUCGAAAUCUAGAAAUAGUCAAUCUAAGAGAGCUUCCAAGUUGGAUAGUGCGAGCAAUGCAAGUGAAUUGAAAGAUUUAACGGGAAAUAAAUCAGACGAAGAAUUACCAACAGGAAAGUCAACCUCUGUGAAUCAAUCUGGAAACGUUUCCAGUAGAAAACGCUUUGACAACCAACAAGCAUCGGAUAUAGAAAUUUCUGAUCCGCAAAAUGACAAUCUCGCCAGGAACAUUUCAUUUUCUAGUUCGGAGAAAAUAAAAUCUAUAAACAGUCAAUCAAGGAAAGUUUCCAAGUUGGUUAGUGUAAGAAAUGAAGAUCAAUCGACGGAUUUAACGACAAAUAAAUCAAUAGAAGAAUUAUCAACAGAACAGUUAACCUCGAUCAAUCAGACGAGAAACGUUUCUUGUAGAAAAACUUUUGAUGACGAAGAAGCAUCGGAUAUCGAAGUUUCUGAUCCUAAAAAUAAUGACAUCUCCAUGAACAAUUCCACUUCUAGUGCAGAGAAAAUAAAAUCUAGGUCACAAUAUGAAUCAUUGAGGAAAAUAGAAGUUUCAAAAUCUAGAAACAGUCAAUCAAGGAUAGUUUCCAAGUUGGAAAGUGCAAGCAUUGAAUAUCACUCGAAGGAUUUAGCGGGAAAUAAGUCAACAGACGAAUUAUCAACAGAAAAGUCAAACUCUGUGAAUCAGUCGAGAAACGUUUCCAGUAUAAAAAGUUUUGACAACGAAGAAGUAUCGGAUAUGGAAAUUUCUGAUCCGAAAAAUGAUCAUAGCGCCAGGAACAAUUCAUUUUCUAUUUCGGAGAAAAUAAAAUCUAGUUUACAAUAUGAAUCGCCGAGGAAAAUAGAAAUUUCGAAAUCUAUAAACAGUCAAUCAAGGAAAGUUUCCAAGUUGGGUAUUGUAAGAAACGAAGAUAAAUCGACGGAUUUAACGAAAAAUCAAUCAGCAGAAGAAUUAUCAACAGAAAAGUUAACCUCGAUCAAUCAGACGAGAAAUGUUUCCAGUAGAAAAACUUUUGAUGACGAAGAAGCAUCGGAUAUCGAAGUUUCUGAUCCAAGAAAUAACAGCGCCAUGAACAAUUCAACUUCUAGUAUAGAGAAAAUAAAAUCUAGGUCACAAUAUGAAUCAUUGAGGAAAAUAGAAGCUUCGAAAUCUAGAAACAGUCAAUCAAGGAUAGUUUCCAAGUUGGAUAGUGCAAUCCAUAAAGAUCACUUGAAGGAUAUAAUGGGAAAUAGAUCGUCAGAAGAAUUGCUGAAAAACGUGUCCAGUAGUAGAAAAACUUUUGGUGAAGAAGAGUCAUCGGAUAUUGAAGUUUCUGAUCCUAAAAGUGUAAUCUCUACUGAAGAUAACAGAAACAAAUUUGACCAUUGUAAAUUGAAAAGCAAAAAUAAUGUAACGAAAAGCGAAGAAAGUUCUGGAGAAUUUGCAAAUAAGAAAAAUCGAACAAAGGAAAAUGAGGGAAUUUUCGAUUCACAAAGCUCUCAUACGAUUAGUUUGUCUGAAUCGGAAGUCCCUAGCGAAAAUGGACUUCUCCUUAACAAUACUUCGCAAAACAAUCAGCAAAGUACUAAAAGAAGUUCCAAUAACAGGUAUGGAACGAGCUUUAUUCCCUUAUACAGUAGUAGCGACGAGCAGAAUGUGGAAGAGAACAAUUUAUCGAAGGAGAAAACUGCAAAGCCAAUAAUUACUGGCUACGAAAUUCUAAAAGUCAACGAUAUUGAUAUAAGAAAACUAAAAGCCGUGAAAGAAGUCAUGAAAGGAAAUGACGAAUCUAUUAUCUCAGGAUCGCAGUCAACGAUUCGGGAUAUUCCUGUCUCAGACAGUGUUAAAAAAUCCUCCAUUUUCACCAAAGAUUCUCAGAUGUUAGGUGUCGAAGAAGAAUUUAGACGAUUGCACGAAGGAGGGAAUUCAGAACUUACUUCGACAUCUCGCGUACCUUCUCAAGUAUCUCCCAAUCGUUUGAAUAAAGACGUAGAUAAAAAAGCAGCCAGCGAGACUUUGAAUAAUAAAUCCAGUAGUGAUUUACGAAAUAUUUUGGAGGAUGAGGAUGAUAACGAAAGUGAAAUUACCGAGAAUCCAUUGCUGAUCUACUCGGAAAAAUUAAGCGAAAAAGUAGAAAAAUCGCAAUAUGAAGAGACAAGUCCUGCAAGAUAUCUUCAAAGAAGACUGCCUUCUGUUUUCAGAGAACAUUUUCGAGAUCGCAAGCAGAAGAUGAUUUGCGAUUAUUUCAAAUACAGAGACGCAGAAAAAACUAAUGGAGAAUCUCAACUGCAGCGAAUUCCAUUUGCGAAGGCUGCAGGUGAUAAGAAUCUAAUGGCAAAUAACAAGAAGCAGCUUGAAGCCAUAAUUGCACCCAUUAAGAAAGAACUCUUUAAAAAGCCAAAGGAGCCAGAACCACGAAAAAAGAAACUGUUCAUUCCCAUAGGAACAUCGAAAAAAAAUAAAUCUAAGUCCGUAGAUCCAGCUUAUCUUGUAAAUGGCGUUGUUUACAAACCACCACCCCUUCCGAGCCCUAAGCGUUGGGUGACGGAUCAUUUGUACAAGUUUAUUUGGAAGAAGAUUGAACCGAAAUAUAAAGGUAAAACGAGGGUCCGUUCGGAGAAAUUUAUUUUAAAAUUAACAAAGGUUUUCAAUUUGGUGACGAGAAAAGGCUUGUACAAAAAUUACGUGGAUGAUCUUGACAGUUUGAUAGUGGAAAUGGCUAGAUUAAAACUUAUUGUUAAUCGCAAAGACUUUAACGACUUCUGUAACGAGUUUAUGCCUUACGACUUUAGGGUAAAAGCUACGCCAAUAUUACUUCCAGGGAAUAACAUGUCGAUUCCGUAUGAUCCAGAAAAGUUUUACGAGCGGAUUUUAAUAGAUGAUUCUAGUUUGGCCGAUUGAUAGCUGUUAAUAGCAUUCUGCGUUUAUAAUAUUAUAAACUUCCAUUCAUUUCUCCUGGGUUUGUUGAAGGAAGAAUUCUUUGAAAAGACUUUAAGUUCAGGAACAACUAUUUAAAAAAAAAUGAAUUUCAUAAACGGCUUGUCUUUCUUUAAGGUAACAUAUUCGAGGAAAUUUUUGUAAGAAGAUAUUGAGCCUUUUGAUAGAAGUUUAUUAUCUGUUAAUAACAAACUUCUAGAGUUUGAUCUCUCUACUUUUUUUGUGAAAUAAAUAUUGGAGAAAAAGUA